GUUAUAUUGUUGUAUUUAAUUGUAUAUGCGUUAUGUGAAUACGUGUCCCGUUUGUAUUUAACAGUCAAUAAAUUCUUACAAUUAUAUACAACAUAAUGGGUUUGUGUAAAUGCCCUAAACGUCGUGUAACAAAUCAAUUCUGUUUUGAACACAGAGUUAAUGUUUGUGAAUAUUGCAUGGUUACAAAUCAUCCAAAAUGCAUCAUUCAAUCGUAUUUGCAAUGGCUGCAAGAUAGUGAUUAUAAACCAAUAUGCGAAUUUUGUUCGAAGGAACUUACACUUGAAGAUUGCAUUAGACUUUCUUGUUAUCACGUUUUUCAUUGGUCUUGCUUUGAUCAAUAUGCAAGGAAACUUCCAAGUACCACAGCACCUGCAGGCUAUACAUGUCCCUCCUGUAAAUGUUCAUUAUUUCCGUCUUCUAAUGUGGUUAGUCCUGUAGUUGAUGUUUUAAGAGAGAAGCUAGCUGGAGUCAAUUGGGCCAGAGCUGGAUUAGGCUUACCACUGUUAUCAGAAGAUAGAGAAAUCAAGCCAUCACCUUCACUGAACAAUACAUCUCCUGCAAUGUCUAACAAUAUAACUUCAACACCACAUUCUGUAGUACAUGUUGAAGAUCAAAUUGCAUUUAAUAGAAGUAGUGAAGCAUUUUCAACUUCAUCGAGGAAAAUAUUCCAUGAUGAAAAGGAGAACAGAAAUUUAACAAUUGAUCAUGAUGAUGACAAAUAUAAAAGGAGGCCUGCAGGAGAAUGGGUUCGUCGAUGGUGGAAGAAUAUGGCAACUACUCAUCCGUUAAGCAGGAGUGGUGGAUCCAUUUAUAAACGUUAUUGUAUGUUGGCGAUAUUACUAGUGCUGGGAAUCACCGUAAUACUAUUAAUCAUGUCACGACUAGGAAGAUACACAACAGAAAAUGAUCCAAACUUUGACCCCUUGCAUAACUCACAAAUUCGUGUAGAAGAUGGAAAGCCACAUUCCGUAUAAUGUGAUAAUAUGGUAUGAUUAAACUUUAUUUUAUUAUCUUGUAAUUAUUAAGUAUCAAAAGUUAUUUUUUUCUGAAACGUUUAUUUACUGAUGUUAUUUCAAACUCUAUAAAUAAAAAUGUUUUUAUAGUACA